CUUGGUAGUAGAUGCAGGAGAGCCAUGGCCUGGGGACCCCGGGGUCCACGUCUGCUCGUGCUGGGCCUGCUGCUGUGCACGCUGAACCCCCCCGUGUCCCAGGGUGGGAAGCUGUUGUUGGUGCCAGUGGACGGCAGCCACUGGCUGAGCUUGUUCAAGGUCAUCCAGCAGCUGCACCAGCGGGGACACGACAUCGUGGUCCUGGCUCCCGAGGCCACCGUGCACAUUAAAGAAGGUGCGUCCUACACCUUGAGGACCUACCCCGUGCCGUUCCGCAGGGAGGACAUGGAAGAGGCAUUUAUCAGUCUUGGACUUGCUGUUUUUGAGAAGAAACCUUUCCUGCAGUAUGUGGUCGAGACGUACAAGAAAAUCCAGAAGGACGCUGCUCUGCUGUUUUCUGCCUGUUCCCACCUCCUGCACAACCAGGAGCUGAUGGCCUCCCUGGCGGAAGGCAGCUUUGAUGCUGUGCUGACGGACCCCUUCAUUCCCUGCGGCCCCAUCGUGGCCCUGCACCUGGCGCUGCCCGUUGUGUUCUUCUCCCACAAACUGCCGUGUGGCCUAGAUUUUCAAGGUACCCAAUGUCCCAGCCCACCCUCCUACGUGCCCAGGACUAUGUCCCUUAACUCAGAUCACAUGACCUUCCUACAGCGGGUGAAGAACAUGCUUAUUCUCGCGUCAGAGGGCUUUCUCUGCAACGUGGUUUAUUCCCCAUAUGCACCACUUGCCUCGGAAGUCCUUGGGAAAGAUGUGACUGUCCAGGACCUUAUGAGCUCCUCAUCAGUCUGGCUUUUCAGAAGUGACUUUGUCAAGGAUUACUCCAGGCCCAUCAUGCCUAACCUGGUUUUUAUCGGUGGGAUCAACUGUGCCAACAAAAAGCCACUCUCCCAGGAAUUUGAAGCCUAUGUUAAUGCUUCUGGAGAACAUGGGAUUGUGGUUUUCUCUUUGGGCUCCAUGGUCUCAGAGAUUCCUAAGAAUAAAGCUAUGGAAAUUGCUGAUGCUUUGGGCAAAAUACCUCAGACGGUCCUGUGGCGCUACACUGGCACUCCACCACCAAAUCUUGCGAAGAACACAAUACUUGUCAAGUGGCUUCCCCAAAAUGAUCUGCUUGGUCACCCGAAAGCUCGUGCCUUCAUCACGCAUUCUGGAUCCCAUGGCAUAUACGAGGGAAUAUGCAACGGCGUUCCCAUGGUGAUGCUGCCCUUAUUCGGUGAUCAGAUGGACAACGCGAAGCGCAUGGAGACCCGGGGGGCUGGAGUGACCUUGAAUGUCCUGGAAAUGACCUCUGAAGAUUUAGCAAAUGCCCUGAAAACUGUCAUCAAUGACAAAAGCUACAAGGAGAACAUCAUGCGCCUGUCCACCCUGCACAAGGACCGCCCCAUCGAGCCCCUGGACCUGGCUGUGUUCUGGAUAGAGUUCGUGAUGAGGCACAAGGGGGCCCCGCACCUGCGCGCUGCCGCCCAUGAUCUCACCUGGUACCAGUACCACUCUCUGGACGUGAUCGGCUUCCUCCUGGCCAUUGUGUUGGGCACUGUCUUCCUCACUUAUAAAUGCUGCGCCUUCGGCUGCCGGAAGUGCUUUGGGAAAAAGGGACGAGUUAAGAAAUCUCACAAGUCCAAGACACACUGAGAAGUGGGUGGGAAACGAGGUGACUCAAAGUUGCAACCAAAAGCAAUGUUAAAUUUAUGUUAUGCUUAUUAAAGAAUAUUUAGCCCUAAGGGAGCUACUCCCUUGGGAUUUUUAAAAAUAGGAACAAUCUAGGGGUGCCUAGGUGGUUCAGUCAGCUAAGCAUCUGACUCUUGAUUUUGGCUCAGGUCAUGAUCUCAUGGUUGUGAGAUCAAGCUCCAAGCUGGGCUCUGCACUGAGCAUGGAGCCUGCUUGGGAUUCUCUCUCCCAUUCUCUGCCCCUCCUUCCCUCCUCAAAAAUAAAGAAAUAAAUGAACUUCAAAAAAACAAUCUAAACAGCUAGUCACACCUAUAGGUAUAGAUACUUGAAUAUGUUUUCUGCCUCCUUUAGGAUCUUUAAUUUGGACUACAUUUGUCCCUUUUCAAAUGACUUGCCAAGAGGAUUGACAGGUCCCUCCUCAACUUUGCAUUACUUUUCUUACUCAGCAAUCAGACUUCUUUGGGGGCACAGGUCCCAGAGGUGGCCAUACCUCCUCUGCCUGGAAGGACAGUUCUAACAUUGUCUGGCUUCUGUAGACUGUUGUGAUCAAUUCUGUCACCAGUAAGGGCAGGUCCUAACUUACAUUCAUGCUUCACAGAUGUCACGUUGUGUAUUCAAAAAAGGAAACAUUUAUUCCCUUAGGUCACAGUGCCUUGUAUUUGAAAUAAAUGAAUGACAUAAGGGUGCCUGGGAGGCUCAGUCAGUUAUGCGUCCCACUCCUGAUUUUGGCUCAGGCCGUGAUCUUGAGGUUCGUAAGAUCAAAUCCUAUGCUCUGCGCUAACAUGGAACCUUCUUGGGAUUCUCUCUCUCUCUCUCUCUCUCUCUAGAUCCCUCCCUCCCUCCCUCUCUCUCUCUCUCUCUCUCUCAAAUAAAUAAAACUAAACUUAAAAAAAAAUAAAUAAGUGGCACAGGAUCUUUUGAGGACAGUGUCUGAUUUCUGACUUUAGGGAAAAGAAUGAUGUAUAAAGUCGGUGAGUGGCAUGUUCAAGAGGCUCAUCGUGGCUUGUACCAAAUGGGUCUGAAUUUGAGAGAGGCCCAAAGUAUAACGUCUCACAAAUGUAUUUUCUCUGACAUUUUCCACAAUUAAAAACAUUAAGGAAUGCAUAGAAAUUAUA